GAAAUCCGAACUCAGCUGGUGGAGCAGUUCAAAUGCCUGGAGCAGCAGUCGGAGUCGCGCCUGCAGCUGCUGCAGGACCUGCAGGAGUUCUUCCGCAGGAAGGCUGAGAUCGAGCUGGAGUACUCCAGGAGCCUGGAGAAGCUGGCGGAACGCUUCUCCUCCAAGCUACGCAGCUCCAGAGAGCACCAGUUCAAGAAAGAUCAGCACCUGCUUUCCCCUGUGAACUGCUGGUACCUGGUUCUGACGCAGACCCGGCGAGAGAGCAGAGAUCACGCCACCCUGAACGACAUCUUCAUGAACAAUGUCAUUGUUCGGCUGUCACAGAUCAGUGAGGAUGUCAUCAGGCUCUUUAAAAAGAGUAAGGAAAUUGGCCUACAGAUGCAUGAAGAACUCCUGAAAGUCACCAACGAGCUUUACACGGUGAUGAAGACCUACCACAUGUAUCACGCCGAGAGCAUCAGCGCCGAGAGCAAGCUGAAGGAGGCGGAGAAGCAGGAGGAGAAGCAGUUCAACAAGUCGGGGGACAUCAGCGUGAACCUGCUGCGGCACGAGGACAGGCCUCAGCGGCGGAGCUCCGUCAAGAAGAUUGAGAAGAUGAAGGAGAAGAGACAAGCCAAAUAUUCUGAAAACAAGCUGAAGUGUACUAAAGCCAGGAAUGACUACCUGCUGAACCUGGCAGCCACCAACGCAGCUGUCAGUAAAUACUACAUCCACGAUGUCUCUGACCUCAUUGAUUGCUGUGAUCUGGGAUUCCACGCCAGCCUUGCUCGGACCUUCAGGACGUACCUGUCUGCCGAGUACAACCUGGAAACCUCCCGCCACGAGGGCCUGGACAUCAUCGAGAACGCCGUGGACAACCUGGAUGCACGGAGUGACAAGCACACCAUCAUGGACAUGUGCAACCAGGUCUUCUGCCCUCCACUGAAGUUCGAGUUCCAGCCUCACAUGGGGGACGAGGUGUGUCAGGUCAGCGCCCAGCAGCCUGUGCAGACCGAGUUGCUGAUGCGGUACCACCAGCUGCAGUCGCGACUAGCCACCCUCAAGAUAGAGAAUGAAGAGGUGCGAAAAACCCUGGAUGCCACGAUGCAGACUUUGCAGGACAUGCUGACGGUGGAAGAUUUUGACGUUUCAGACGCCUUCCAGCACAGUCGCUCCACUGAGUCGGUCAAAUCAGCUGCGUCGGAGACCUACAUGAGUAAAAUAAACAUCGCCAAGAGGAGAGCCAACCAGCAGGAGACCGAAAUGUUCUAUUUUACAAAAUUCAAAGAGUAUUUGAAUGGCAGUAACCUUAUCACGAAGCUCCAGGCCAAACACGACUUGCUGAAGCAGACUCUUGGAGAAGGUGAAAGAGCCGAAUGCGGAACGACCAGGCCCCCAUGUCUUCCCCCUAAGCCACAGAAAAUGAGGAGACCUAGGCCUCUCUCAGUCUAUAAUCAUAAACUCUUUAACGGCAAUAUGGAAACGUUCAUUAAGGAUUCAGGACAGGCUAUUCCGCUUGUAGUAGAAAGCUGCAUUCGUUACAUCAAUUUGUACGGCCUUCAGCAGCAGGGCAUUUUCAGAGUCCCUGGCUCCCAGGUGGAAGUCAACGACAUCAAGAAUUCCUUUGAGAGAGGUGAAGAUCCCCUUGCUGAUGAUCAAAAUGAACGUGACAUUAAUUCAGUGGCUGGAGUCUUGAAGCUGUAUUUCCGAGGACUGGAAAACCCACUCUUUCCCAAGGAAAGGUUUCAAGAUUUGAUAUCUACUAUAAAAAUCGAGAACCCCACGGAGAGAGUACACCAGAUCCAGCAAAUCAUCAUCACUCUGCCUCGGGCUGUCAUCGUUGUCAUGAGAUAUCUUUUUGCUUUCCUUAAUCACUUGUCGCAGUACAGCGAUGAGAACAUGAUGGAUCCCUACAACCUGGCCAUCUGCUUUGGGCCCACGCUGAUGCACAUUCCAGAUGGGCAGGAUCCGGUGUCCUGCCAGGCCCAUGUCAACGAGGUCAUCAAAACCAUCAUCAUUAACCACGAGGGCAUCUUCCCCAGCCACAGAGAGCUGGAAGGACCUCUCUAUGAGAAGUGCAUGACCGGAGGGGAGGAGUACUGCGACAGCCCGCACAGCGAGCCAGGCACCAUCGAUGAGGUUGACCACGACAACGGCACGGAGCCGCACACCAGCGAUGACGAAGUGGAGCAGAUUGAAGCCAUAGCAAAGUUUGACUAUGUUGGACGAACUCCGCGAGAGCUCUCCUUUAAGAAGGGGGCCUCGCUCCUCCUGUACCACCGCGCAUCGGAAGACUGGUGGGAGGGGAGACAUAACGGUGUGGAUGGCCUCAUACCCCACCAGUACAUCGUGGUGCAAGACAUGGAUGAUGCGUUCUCCGACAGCCUCAGCCAGAAGGCAGACAGCGAGGCAAGCAGCGGGCCGCUGCUGGAUGAUAAAGCCUCCUCCAAGAACGACAUCCAGUCUCCGACGGAUCAUAUUGUGGACUAUGGCUUCGGCGGAGUGAUGGGCCGAGUGAGAUUGAGGUCUGACGGCGCAGCUAUCCCUCGCCGUCGAAGCGGGGGGGACACCCACAGCCCGCCCCGAGGGAUGGGUCCUGGCAUAGACACUCCUCCUCGAGCAGCGGCCUGCCCUAGCAGCCCCCACAAAAUACCUCUUAACAGGGGCAGGAUUGAGAGUCCCGAAAAGCGCAGAAUGGCGACAUUCGGCAGUGCAGGCAGCAUCAAUUUCCCAGACAGGAAGGCCUUGUCUGAUGGCCACCCGCUGAGACCGGCCUGUGGAUCGACUAGACACAGUAGUCUCGGAGAUCAGAAAUCUCUAGAAGCAGAAGCGCUUGCUGAGGACAUCGAGAAGACCAUGAGCACGGCGCUGAACGAGCUGCGGGAGCUGGAGAGGCAGAACACGGCCAAGCAGGCCCCGGACGUGGUCCUGGACACGCUGGAGCCCAUGAAGAACCCCCCGAUGGGCGCCGCCAACUCGGAGCCCGCCAGCCCCCUCCACACCAUCCUGAUCCGGGACCCCGACGCGGCCAUGCGGCGCAGCAGCAGCUCCACCACCGAGAUGAUGACCACGUUCAAGCCGGCCCUCUCGGCCCGGCUGGCCGGGGCCCAGCUGCGGCCGCCGCCGAUGCGGCCGGUGCGGCCGGUGGUGCAGCACCGCUCCAGCAGCAGCAGCAGCUCGGGGGUGGGCAGCCCCGCCGUCACCCCCACCGAGAAGCUCUUCCCCAGCAGCUCGGCGGAUAAAUCGGGCACCAUGUAGGCUGGGGCGCGGGGAGAGCCAGCGCCCCGGCGGUGGGAGCGGGGCCGGCAGCUCGGCAAAGCCGCGCUCGGCCGAGCGGGAGGUCCAAACCCUGCUCGAGAGGAGCCUCUCCAAAAGGGGAACAAGCGCGUCGCCUAGGCUUGAUGGUUGAUUGUACAUACGUGUGUGUGUGUGUGUGCGUGCGUGUAUGUACGUCUGUGUGCACACACACCCCCAUCCAUGCAGAAACACUUCCCAAGCUUGCGGUCCCACGGCAGGAGGAGACGGCCGGCUGGUCUACGUGUUGGCACUGGAGAACACACUCUAUAUGUAGAAGUAUAUAUUAAAAAAAAAAAAAAUUAAGUGUACAGAAUUCGGUGGCUUUUUUAAAAAAAGUAGAUUUACCUCAGAAACUGGCUCUGAAAUGUCCUCGUUAGAGAUGUCGGGUUGAUUUGGGGUUUUUUUCCAGGCUGUUUGUGUGCGUGUUGUGCGUGGAAGUGCGUAGCAGCUGUGCGUUGAGCAAUACAAGGCCAAUCCUGGAAUUUAUUUUCUGCACCUCUCGGCAUUUAAAAAAAAGAAGGCAGGGAGGGGGGAAGAUACAGAGCGUUUUGUUCACUGCUGGCCUGUGGAGGAGAGCUGGAACUUCGUAAAUGCCAGUGUGUGUCAGGGCGGCUGGAGCGCCUUUCCAAGCCGAAUCCCGGGACGCCUUCGCGUGCGCUGUGGUUCCCCGGCCGGCGGCACCCGGCCCGAGCGGGGCCAGAGACCGAGGGGUGCUCCUUCGGCCUCGGGCAGGCAGGAGGACGCUGCUGCUGCUGCACGGGGCACGGUGCUGCCCUGCCUGCACCGCGGGGCCCACGGGACUCCGGUUUUCCUGAAGAUUUCAGAAUGGACGAGGACUAGUGACAAGCCUGUGGUAAAGCAUAAGUAGAGUAACUUACACAGUUUUGAGGUGCUUCGUUUCCUUCUCACCACAUGUUUCUUUAUCUUUUUUUUUUUUUUUUUUUAAAAAGAAAAAAAAGCCCAACCUUAAUGGUAUCUCAACAGAUGGGACUAAACAGACGAGGAGGCUUUGGUACAACAGCAUUCCUUUAUUUGAAGUUGCACAGCAGUACAUGAGAGUCUUGAUUCAGACUGCGUCUUCUUGCA